CGCCAUGAACAGCGUAGGGGAGGGAUGCACCGACAUGAAGCGCGAGUACGAUCAGUGCUUUAAUCGCUGGUUUGCCGAGAAGUUCCUCAAGGGGGACACCUCCGGGGACCCGUGCACCGAACUCUUCAAGCGCUACCAGCAGUGUGUUCAGAAAGCAAUAAAGGAGAAGGAGAUUCCUAUUGAAGGACUGGAGUUCAUGGGCCAUGGCAGAGAAAAGCCUGAAAGCUCUUCUUGACCUUGAUAGUCACCUUGAAAACUGACUCCUCAAAUCAGGAAAUUGAGCACUGUGGAUUUUGUCAAUUAAGGCUGUGACGAUAGCCAUCAAUUUAAUGAGGGGUUUAGGGGGGAGUUUUUUCCCCUCCUCCUAGAUGUUUUCCUCUCACUUGUAAAAGAUGAUGAACCGUCACUUUUUACUUUGGGAUGAUUUCUCACUUGCAUCUUGCAGGAACUUGCUGUGCUAAAACGGAAUGAUCUCUUGGGAUUAUGGUUGCAAUACUUCAUCUGGGAUCAGCUUUAAAUAUAUCUUGUAUGUAAAUACUGAUAAAACUUGUCAGGAUGAUCAUGGUUGCCUGACCUCUUGCGUUAUGCUUCGAAGGACAUUAGGUAUACUGUACUGGGGUCACUGUUCAUGGAAGCAAUUGGUUUGGACCUCUUUUCUCUCAGGGAGCUAAUGCUCUAAAAAGGGAUCCCUUCACGACUGUUUCAAUCAAUGUUUGGGAGCAGUUUUAUUUUUAUAUAGUAACUUGACUGUUAAGAUCACUGGUGGACUGGCUUAGCCAGGAGGAAACUUUUAAGUUCCCUGCCUUAACAAGAGGUGUCAGAUCUCAAAACGUGAAAGCUUCAAGAAUGUUAGAAUGAACACCAUUUCAGAGCUCACAGUGUAGUUGUCAUUAAGAUCCUUGGAGUAUGCUGUGGAAGAUCCUGAAUUGCAAAGAUUUGCUGCUGCUAGCUUUCAGCCUAAGUCAGUGAAUUAAGUCGACCUGUGUAUCAUGAAAAUGCCAAAAUACUGUAUGUGGUUAAAUAGGGGGAGAAAGGAAUUUGCUUUAUUUGCCUUGUUUAUCCACCCUGCACUGUAAUAUCUGUAAUCAUGAAGAUGGAAUAAACUGUAACGUUUAGUUUCUCUUA